UAAACCUGUGUGUUCUACAUCUCUCAUUACAGUCUUAUCUCUUAUGAUUAAAACUUUCAAAAUUGAGAAUUUCCCAAGAGUCAGAAAUUGGGUGAAGCUAUAGAUAUGUCGGACUAUCUGCCACACGAAGUGUUGCUGGAGAUACUGCACAGACUACCCGUGAAAUCCCUAAUUCGAUUCAGGUGCGUUUCAAAAUCAUGGAACUCUCUAAUUACAAGUCAUGCCUUCAUCGAUUCCCAUUUCACUCAAUCACCACUUUCACUUCCUUCCAAUUCCAACACACUAAUUGUUAGGAGCUGCAAGAAUAGACCCAAUAUAGAGUACUACAAAUUGAUUCACAAUGGCAAUGACUCCUCCUCCUCACUUGAUCAAUCUCAAAACAGCAUUGAAUUCCCACUAACAAGUCGUUUUCUCGACUAUUUUAAAUUAAUUGGUUCCGUGAAUGGAUUGUUCAGUAUUUGUGAAGAAGACCGCUUUUUUCUAUGGAAUCCUUCUAUUAGAAAAUGUAUUACUCUUCCUAAGCCUAGAAUUAGGGCCAAGACUCACGGCCCCAUUUCAUGUCGUUUCGGGUUCGGGUUUGAUCCGCGGACUAAUGAUUAUAAGGUUGUGAGGAUUGUAAUUCUACCCAGUACUACUGUUAUGACCAAAGAGAAAAAACCACCUCUGGUUGAGGUUUAUUCUCUUCACGAGGGAUGUUGGAGAAUAACUCGUGGUGGCGAAUGCUUUCCAUCUGGGAUUAGUUUUAAUAAUUGGUUGCGACCAGUAGCUACUUUAAAUGGCGCUGUCCACUUUGGGGCGAAUGAUUGGGGCAAUAACCGUUCCUUAGUUUUGUCAUUUGAUUUGGGUGAUGAGGUUUUCCGUGUGAUAUCUUUGCCAAAUGGUAAACAAUUCCAAGCAGGUGCUGAUAUUGGUACGUCAGUGUUCAAGGGAUUGCUCUCCCUAAUAUGUUAUGAUUAUGAGUGUAUGAAGAUCAAGUGUUGUUCUGUUUGGGUGAUGAGAGAGUAUGGCGCAGUUGAUUCUUGGACUAAGCAGUUCACUAUUGACCUCAAUAGCCGAUUUUUUAGAGUGUUAGGUUUCUGGAAGAAUGGUCAUAUAUUAGUGGAGACAAAACUAUCACUUGGUUGGAAUCUCUGUUCAUAUGAUCCAGAGAGCCAACAAGUGAAGAAUUUGGGGUUUUGCGGAAGCCCAUUCCAUUCUUUUGCUGAUAGUUAUGUGGAGAACCUUAUCUUACUUGACAAACCAAAUGAUGCAGUUUCCAAAAGGGGAGUGACCAAGAAGAGGAAGUGCAGGUAAUAACACUACAUGGAAGGACAGAAGGACGCAGUCGUGUAAUGUGGCAAGUUGGCAACUGUUAUUCUUUUUCUUUUUUUUUUGGGGGGUUGCCUGUUGCUCUUUGUCAAGCCUUUUUUCGAUAAUCGCUCCUUGUCAAGCCUUCUUUGUUUGGAAAGGAUAGUUUUAAAUUUUAGACUAAAUGUAAAGUAUAAUUACUAAUAUUAGGAUAAUUUUGAU